CCUGCACAACACCUCUCCACCACACGCCCCCAAAUACACAGACUCGAUAUGGCGGAACAAGCCAUCACACAGGGCUCCAUUAGGAGCAUCUUCGAACCCAGCGGCUGCUUCGUGGAGCACCCUGUUCUGCAAUGCGUGCAGAUCAAGCCUAUGGAGCCCAAGGCGGGCGAGGCGAACCCAAUGCAGCGCUUCCGUGUUGUGCUGAGCGACAUUCGCAACUUCAUCCAGACUAUGAUUGCAACGACGGCCAACGAUAUCGUCACAUCCGGGAAACUCAAGAAGGGAUCGAUUGUACGACUGUUGAAGUACAAUCCUCAGCGUGUCAAGGAAAAGAACAUCCUCAUCAUCAUGGAACUCGAAGUCCUUGAGCAUUACGGCGAACACGAGAAGAUUGGCCAGCCUGAGGUUUUGACAGACGCAAAGACUGUACCACAACCUGGUGGCAUCUCGGGCGAUGGUUUCUAUGGAUCCAAGCCAGCGCCAGCAGCUGCGCCCGCACCCCAACAAAGGUCUAUUCCUGUUCAUCAAAGUAACCCAGCCACAUCAACACAUCCGAACUUGUACCCCAUCGAGUCACUCUCUCCAUACGCACACAAGUGGACGAUUCGAGCGCGAUGCACGAACAAGGGAGACAUGAAGGAGUGGCACAACGCAAAGGGCACCGGCAAGCUGUUCAGUGUGAAUCUGCUGGAUGAUACUGGAGAGAUCCGCGCGACAUUAUUCAACGAGGUUGCUGAGAGACUGUACCCUGUCUUCGAAGUGGGCACAGUUUAUUACAUCUCAGCACCAUGCAGAGUCACGUUGGCAAAGAAACAGUUUUCGAAUUUGCCCAAUGACUACGAACUGUCGUUCGAGCGAGACACUGAAGUCGAGAAGGCCGAGGACCAAGACAACAAACCUCAGAUACGGUUCAACUUCACCAAAAUUGGCGAUCUGAACUCUGUGGAGAAAGAUACAACAAUCGAUACUGUCGGCGUGCUGAAGGAAGUCGCUGAGAUCAACACCAUCACCUCGAAGACCACCAAUAAAGACUUUAGCAAGCGGGAACUGACGCUCGCAGACGACAGCCAAACGUCGGUACGACUCACGAUCUGGGGCAAGACUGCCGAAAGUUUCGAGGCGCCGCUUGAGUCGAUUAUUGCUUUCAAGGGUGUCAAAGUUUCCGACUUUGGCGGACGAAGCCUCAGUCUUCUUAGUUCAGGCACCAUGAUGGUUGAUCCGGACAUCGACGAGGCGCACAAGCUGCGAGGAUGGUUCAACGCUGUCGGUCAGAAUGCUACGUUUUCUACUCACCAAAACAUGGCGCCAAGUUCUGGAUCUGGUGGGAAAAACGAGAGUAAGAUCAUCUCAUCCAUUCUCGAAGAAGAAAGCUAUCUCCAGGACACACCUACGUACUUGAGUCUCAGGGCCUCUGUCGUGUACGUCAAGAAUACCACGGUUGCAUAUCCAGCAUGCUCGACACAAGGCUGCAACAAAAAGGUCAUUGAAGACAAUCCUGGAUCCUGGUGGUGUGAGAAGUGCCAGACCAGCUUUCCGGAGCCACAGUAUCGCUACGUGUUGAGCGUGAACGUUGCAGAUCACACUGGCACCUUAUGGCUAAGCUGCUUUGAUGAGGCUGGACAGGCCAUUGUUGGCCUGUCAGCCAACGAGGCAAUGAAGGCCAAGUUAGAUGAUGAGGAAAACGACACCCAGCACUUCAUGACCAUCAUGCAAGAUGCUACAUGCAAGACAUUCAACUUUCGAGUACGAGCGAAGAUGGAGACGUAUCAGGAUCAGCCAAAGCCUCGAUACCAAGUUCUGAAUUUGUAUCCGCUCAACUUCGCCCAAGAGGCCAACAAACUCGCCCAGGUCAUCAAGCAGUAUGACACAGGCGAUGAUAGUCUGUUUGUAAACUAGUGUCUGCUGUAGGAUGGAGUAGUUUGUAAGCGGGUCGGGCAGUAUCGGCCGCUCCGUUUGUUGCUAGGUGGCCGAGCUCUACCAGAAGAUCGAGGACUGUGACGAGGUGAAGAUAGAACGCUGGAUUAGGCACGUUUAUGAGCAUCCUUGCAACGAUGACCUAUUCUCUGAUCUCCCCGCUGACUGUGAAGUCCUCAAGGAGGAGUCGAAGAUGUUGUGUUCCCACGUCGACAAUACGCUCAAUCGGUAGCAGUUUUUCGUUUAUCAUAUUCUAUGUGCUCCCAUAUACCUAGACGUUGAACGUUUUUCUCUUAACGAUCUCGUUUUCUCGGCCGUC